UAACGACAUUUUACGAUGUUUCAAUUUGAUUGUCAGUUAGUUUGAUGUAGGUACUAAAAUUUAUCGACUGAGUUGGUAAUAGUCUAGUGGAGCCAUAUUGGUUAUAAUUUUAUUUUACGGCGAAUAUAUUUUUACUUGAAACAGAAUGUUGGUCUCUCAAAUUAUAACCUCAGCAUCCAAACGAUUUCCACGAGUGAUAUGCUCGAGAAAUAUUGGUGUUAUGGCACCAAUGUUCAAACAGGCUUCAGAUCCAAUUCAAAGUUUAUUUAUUGAAAAAAUCAAAGAAUAUAGAGCAAAAAGUGGAGGAGGUGCAAAACUCGUUGAUCCAAAUCCAGAAAUUGAACGUGAAUUAAAAGCUGAGAUGGAUAAAGUUGCUAAAAUGUAUGGUGGUGGUGCUGGUGCAGAUUUAACAAAAUUCCCAACAUUCAACUUUACAGAACCAAAAGUUGAUCCAAUUGUUGAAAAGUAAAUGUAUAUUCUCUAGUUUAAAAUAUAUUAGUCAACUCGUCAAUAAUUUCCAUUAAAUACAUGUUAUAAAGUUAUACAAAUCAUAA